AACUUUCAAAAUUUCUCCUCCGCUCUGAGGCUCUCUUUUCAUCUGGGUAAUUUGGGGCCUAAUUCGAAGCCAUCUAGCUUGUCAUGGCUUCCACUACUACUCCCCCAGUGGCAACGACGUCCGUAGUGCUCAGGAAGCGUAAAGCACGCAAAACCGAAAACGAGCUUUCUUUACGUCUUGAAACUGCGUCUCUUUCUGGCGUCGAGCCGCAUACCGAAUCAGAGUACGAGGCCGGCGCACCAAACGGAGGGCCCUCUUCUUUCUGUGGGCGGGAAAGGCGCUACAAGUGCAGUCACGAGGGAUGCACGAAAGCGUAUGCUAAACCGUGUCGUCUAGCGGAGCACGAGAGAUCUCACACCGGAGUCCGCCCAUUCACAUGUAUCAAUUGCAACAAGAGUUAUCUUCGAGAAGCACACCUCCAAGCCCACGCUCGUUCACAUCUUCCUAACUCCUCCAGGCCCCUGGUCUGCGAAGAGCCCGGCUGUGAGAAACGCUUUUGGACUGCACAGCAUCUACGUGUGCAUAGCGAGCUCCAUAGAGGCAAUAAACCCUUCAAGUGUAUAGAGUCUUCAUGUGAAGCCGCAUUCUUGAAGCACCAUCAAUUGCGAGAGCACAUAUGCUCAGCACAUGCGCCUCCUGGUGCAAAGCCGUAUCGUUGCAGCCAUCCAGGUUGUGAUAAGUCUUUCCUCACGAAUCAGAAGUUACGUGGGCACAUGAGAACUCAUGACGAGAAGAGAUAUACGUGCGUUCAUGCGGACUGCCUCGCGAGUCAGAACAACUCGCCCGCGUACUACCCUACCUGGACAGCUCUCCAGCAUCAUAUGCGCACCGAUCACCCACCAAAGUGCCCUCGCUCGUCUUGCAAUGGCAAAACGUUCAAAUCUCAGAGGGGACUGCGGGCGCACAUGAAACUUCAUGAACAGAUCGAGGUCGAAGAAGCCAUUGCGGCUGACUCCGACGCGGACAGUAUCUUUAGUGAGCCGCCUCGCAAAAAGCGGAGGGGUGGUGAGAUUGGCCGUGACUGGAAAUGCGACGCUGAGGGGUGCGUGAAGGACUUUAAAUCAAAAAAAGCGCUAACAAACCAUCGUAACGUCAACCAUCUUGGACACCGCAAUUUUAUCUGCCCUCACGAGUCCUGUGGACGUGCAUUCGGCUACAAGCAUCUUCUUCAGCGUCACCUCGGGAAGAUACACAAGGCUGACCAGGUUGAAGAUGGAUCAGCUGAUGAUUCCGAGGCAAGUGGAACAGAAAGUGAUCCCCAGCAGUUGUGGGGAGUACGCGUGGACGAUAUCACCGGAAUGUCCUACGUCAAACGUGCGCAAGAGAAGAUGACAUCUCCGCGCAGCCUUUGCUGUCCCUUUCCUGACCUGCACGGUCUCAUUCCCGAUGUCUAUCAGGUGAAAGGUGGCGACAAGCGGUGCGAGUAUGUUUUUACUCGCGCAUACGAUUUCCGUAGACACUUGCGCUCUGAGCAUGGGUUAGAGGUGGAGAAAGAGAAUGUGUACACUUGGGCGAAAUCCGUCAAAGAGGCGAGACAGCUCUCGUAG